GCCAGCUACCAGGUGUGUGCCGGCCGCCAGGUGGAGCUGGUCAUCUGUGUGCCGGUGUCAAGGAACAACGCCCAGGGCCGAGCGGUCAUCAGAGAAACGUGGGGCUCCCCGGGGCUGCUCAAGGCCACACAUCUGCCCGACAACACGCGUCCUGUGUUAAACAACACGGAAUCUCUGCUCAACCACACGCGACCUGUGUUUAACAACACGGAAUUUCUGCUCAACCACACGCGACCUGUGCUCUUACUCUUCUUCCUGGGUCAAGGCCAGCCCUGGGAGAGUCCACAGGCCCAGGAACAGAUUCGCGCGGAGCAGGAAGAGUUCGGGGACAUCGUGGAAGGGAAUUACGUGGACAGCUAUCAGAACCUGACCCUCAAGUCUCUCAGCAUCGUGCAAUGGGCGGCCACCUUCUGUAACGGCUCGCGCUACAUCCUCAAGGCGGACGACGACAUGUAUGUGAACGUGCCCCUCCUCCUGGCGGCCCUCCGGAACACGUCCACCCACAACCCGCCCACCCCCUUCAUCCGCGGCUUUGCCAUCACCGGCGCCGCCCCCAUCCGUGAGAAAAGCAGCAAGUGGUACACGCCCGUGGAGAGGUUCAAGGACAAGUCCUACCCGCGUUAUGCCUCGGGCACGGCCUAUGUCAUGAGCACAUCGGCCGCCGUGGCCAUCAGAGAUGUGGCCAGCUCCGUGCCUUUCUUCUGGCUGGAGGACAUCUACAUCACAGGUCUGUGCGCGCGGCGGGCGGGGGUGGAGCUCAUCAACGACAUCCGGUUUACUUACGACAAGCGGAAGGCAACAGGGCGGGAAUUUGUUCACAACAUCUCGGGACAUCGCUACUCCCUGCAAGAAAUACGGACAAUCCACGGGGAGCUCAGCAAGCUGAACUCUCCCACAAACCUCUGAUCACACACCUCUGAUCAAAGAACUCUCCCACACACCUCUGAUCACACACCUCUGAUCACAGAACUCUCCCACACACCUCUGAUCACACACCUCUGAUCACAGAACUCUCCCACACACCUCUGAUCACACACCUCUGAUCACAGAACUCUCCCACAAACCUCUGAUCACACACCUCUGAUCACAGAACUCUCCCACAAACCUCUGAUCACAGAACUCUACCACACACCUCUGAUCACAGAACUCUACCACACACCUCUGAUCACACACUUCUGAUCACAGAACUCUCCCACAAACCUCUGAUCACAGAACUCUACCACAUACCUCUGAUCACAGAACUCUACCACACACCUCUGAUCACAGAACUCUACCACACACCUCUGAUCACACACCUCUGAUCACAGAACUCGACCACAAACCUCUGAUCUCGGGACAACUGUAGGGGGACUCGGCUCUUCUGUAACAAAACAACAACUCAUAAAACCUUGUUGUAUUUUACAUGUGCGCAGACCACUGGGGGCAGCCCGUUAACCCAUCUGUCUGUAAAUACUGAGAACGUUAACCCAUCUGUCUGUAAACAUUGAGAACGUGAACACAUCUGUCUGUAAACAAUGUCCUAGUUCUCACAAACGUAUUGUGCAUGUUCACACAUGUGUGUGGUAAAUUUGAUCACGUGAUUUACGAAAAAAUCGUCUUUCAAAGUUUCAGCGUUUGCCAUGUCUCUGUCCCUUUGUUGUGUCAUCUGAUAUGAGAUAUAGAGUAAUAAUGAUAAUGAUGAUAAUGAUAAUUGUAACAGUAAUAACAAUAAAAGUGACUGUGAUCAUAACCAUUUAAAGAA